ACUACGGAUAGGGAAUAAAAGGGAAAAAAUAAGUCAUUUAGAAUAUUAUCCGAAUGUUACGAGAGCUUUUGAAAACAAAAUAUCUCACUCGUGUACCAGUGCACCAGUCAGCGUGUGUUCCGAAAUAUAACUCGGAAUCUUAACUUGAGAUAAUAUAGUUGUUGUUGCUGCAUGCAGAGUCAAACACUUUAAAAUUUGUUGCUCUUGAUAUUAAAAUGAGUGAUAACGACCUUUCCAUUAUGGAUGUGGAUGAGGUUGCUCCAAAACCGUUAACGUCCAAAGCUGGCACUAGCGGCUCCAAGCCAUCUUCUCAUUUACCAUGGAUAGAAAAAUACCGGCCGAUAGUAUUCAGUGACAUCGUGGGCAACGAAGACACGGUCUCUAGGCUGGCGGUGUUUGCGCGCACCGGGAACGCUCCUAACAUAAUAAUCGCGGGUCCUCCGGGCGUCGGCAAGACCACCACCAUCCUGUGCCUGGCGCGCGCGCUGCUCGGGGCCGCCUUCCGCGACGCCGUGCUCGAGCUCAACGCGUCCAACGACCGCGGCAUCGAUGUCGUGCGCAACAAGAUCAAGAUGUUUGCACAACAAAAGGUGACGCUGCCGGCGGGGCGGCACAAGCUGGUGAUCCUGGACGAGGCGGACAGCAUGACGGAGGGCGCGCAGCAGGCGCUGCGCCGCACCAUGGAGCUGUACUCGCACACCACGCGCUUCGCGCUCGCCGCCAACAACUCCGAGAAGAUCAUCGAGCCCAUCCAGUCGCGCUGCGCCGUGCUGCGCUACUCGCGCCUCACCGACGCGCAGAUCCUGGCCAAGGUGCUGGAGGUGUGCGAGAAGGAGCAGCUGUCGUACACGGAGGAGGGCGUGAGCGCGGUGGUGUACACGGCGCAGGGCGACCUGCGCGCCGCGCUCAACAACCUGCAGUCGACGGCGCAGGGCUUCGCGCACGUGAGCGCCGAGCACGUGUUCAAGGUGUGCGACGAGCCGCACCCCAUGCUGGUGCGCGGCAUGCUGGAGGCGUGCCUGCGCCAGGACAUCCACGCGGCGUACAAGGUGGUGGCCAAGCUGUGCAAGCUGGGCUACGCGGCCGAGGACAUCGUGAGCAACAUGUUCCGCGUGUGCAAGACGCUGGAGGCGGGCGAGGGCGCGCGGCUGGCGCUGGUGCGCGAGGUGGGGCUGACGCACCUGCGCGUGGCGGACGGGCUGGGCUCGCCGCUGCAGCUGGCGGGGCUGCUGGCGCGCUGCUGCCACGCCGCCGCCGACGCCUAGUACCUGUGCGCUUGCUAUUGUGAUCAUAGACUGCAUUUUAAUUUCUAAGUGUACAAUCUAGAAAUAAGUAUUAUACAAAGUGAAAUAAAAAACCGGCUUUACAAUAUAAAAAUGUAUUCUUUAAUUAGAUCGAUAUAAUAUAAAAUUGAUAACAUUGUAUAUAUGUAAGGCGCGCGUCGGUAGCGGGGCGGCGCCGGAGUCACCGCGCGAUGAUCUCGAGCAGCUUGUUGUGCUCCGUCAUGAGGCUCUGCAACAUAACCGCAUCAUGGCGCGUGUUUCACAACAACACGCUCACGAACACGCGAUGCUCUACAGAGCAGCAUCUGUAUCCAUGAGUGUGCGUUGCUAAGGCAGUCACUCGACGAGAGGUUAGUUGAGCCGGUGGUGGCGGUGUAACGGAAUGCGAGUGAGGUCAGUGUAUGACGCGCUGCUCCUCGACGCGGCGCUGGAUCAUCCGCUGAUGUUCCUCGCUCAGCGCCUGGACAACAGCACACGCUACACAAACACACACACGCGCGCUCACCCGCCACCCAUGCAACCUACAUCAUUGUCAUGCAGUCCACUGCAGACCGCAUCCGUUUUGGCAUUACACAGAGGAACCUAUUCUGGCUUAGUUGGUGACACUGUCAUGAACACUCGAGACGUAGGGUGCCGCGGCAUUCAGGAGAAGUUGGCACUUGUCCGUGCAACGUUCUCUCUCGUACCGGACAGGCGCAGAGAUUGCGGCCUCCCUACGAUCCCGCGCGUGCGGAACAUGGACGUCGCAAACAAAUAAGCAAAGAUGGUCACACGAACUCGCUAUGACAUAGACCCGCCAGGAUCAAGCGCGUUGAACUAUGUUAAGUCUCUGUUUGAUGGAUUAGUGCGGCUGUUAGGUACAUAUACAUAGUGUCAGUGAUUUUCACUAACAUUUCUACUUUACACAGCACAGCUGCUGUGCCGCGACUGAGUGCGUGUGAAAAGGGCCUGAGGGUAUCGAUGUAAUUAGUACAUUCAAUAAUAAUGUAGUCCUGGUCGAAUAUAAUAGUAUUGGGUACUACAUAAUACCUCAGGGGGCCUGUAUCGUAUCCUGUAGAGAGACUAUUUAUAGAUGAGCUAUAUGAUACGAGCAACAGAAGCGUCAGCGUAUUGCGUAAGUGGAAUGCACGCACCUUGAAGUACUUGACGGUCUUGACGCGCAGCUCGAGCGUGGCGUCCUCGUCGCACACGAACAGCGCCUGCGCGUGCUGCUGGAAGGCCGACACCGUCCACAUGUGGUUGACGCCCUCCUCCACCGCCUUGGCCAGCGCCAGCGCCUUGUGCGCGCCCGUGAUGAGGAUCAUCACCUCCUUGGCGUCCAUGACGGUGCCCACGCCCACCGUGAGCGCCUGGCGCGGCACCUUGCUGAUGUCGUUGCCGAAGAAGCGCUUGUUGGCCUCCAGCGUGUCGUAGGCGAGCGUCUUGACGCGCGUGCGGGAGACCAGCGACGAGCCGGGCUCGUUGAAGGCGAU